AUGAAGUCCACAAUCGCCUUCCUCCUCACCCUCACAGCAACCCUCCUCUCCCACCUUCCCACCCCCUCAGAUGCAUUCGUCUACCCAAAAACCCCCAUCAGCAACACCGUCUGGAAACCUGAACAAGACGUAACAAUCUCCUGGCACGAUGACAAACACGCCCCGCUCCUCUCCUCCAGCCCCAUCUUUGACAUCUUCCUCAUGACCGGAGCGGACGAUAAGCAAAAGAAGUUGGCUACCAUUGCGUCAAAUGUUGAUGGAGGCACGACGACGAGUGUCAAGUACCAUGUCCCACACGUCAGCCCUCCCGGUCAAAUCUACUUCCUAAUGUUCCAGACAAAGGACGGAAGUGGGAUGGCAUGGGCAACACGGUUCACAAUCACAGACUCCGAGGGGAACCCGGGAACCCUCCGCCCCGUCAUCCCUGAAGGCGGAACGAUCAACCCCGGAGGUAUCGGCGCCAUCAUCUCCUCCUCAGCCAAGCACCGCAAGUCUUCCGCUGCUGCUGCUAAACCUGCCGCCGCCUUUGCUGAUCGCACUGCCACUGCUGCUGGUGCUCACGCGCCCGUUAAGGCUGCCAAUGCUCCUGCUGCUUCGGUUGGAGGUGGAAACACGCAGGAGGAGAAUGUUGUUGUGGGAGGCGCCAGUUCGCACAAGGAGAGCUCUGCCUUGAAGGCGAGUGCUGGUGGAUUGAUGGCUGUCGCUGCGGUUGUCGUUAUCAGUGGACUGCAGUUCCUUGGCUUCUAA